AUGCUUCAGCCUCCUGAGGAAGUAGACGCGCUGGUGUGCCUUCCUCACCAGACUGGAAGUGUUGUUAGCCCAGGUCACAAACCUAUCCACGGCAACUCUGUGGGUGGAAUCACUGGAAUCCUUGCUGAGCAGACUGAGAAUGACAGUGUCAUCGGAAAACUUCACAAUACAAAUCCUCUUUUUUUCAUUCAAGAUACUCUCUACCCAAUUUCUGGAACAACAUACGCUCACUCAGAUGAUGGAAGUUCUCCUCUUAUUGUCCUGCAGCGACCCUUUCUGUAUUUUGGACAGUCAUAUACUCAGAUCUAUGUAAACAACAAUGGACACCUGACCUUUGAUGCGCCGUGGUAUAGCUAUGUACCCCAACAGUUUCCAAUGUAUGGUCCCAGAGAUAUCAUUGCUCCAUUCUGGACAGAUUUGGAUAACAGAGGAAAUGGUGAAAUCUACCACAACCAAUACACCAGCGGCAGUGUUCUCCAGCAAGCUACACGGGACAUUAAUCAGUACUUUCCAGGGCUGAAUUUUAAUGCUAACUGGGUCUUUGUUGCAACAUGGUAUGAGGUGGCCUAUUAUCCAUUUAGCGGAACACAAACAACAUUCCAGGCAGUCUUGAUAUCUGGUGGCAGGUACUCAUUUGUACUGAUGAACUACGGGGAAAUAGCCCUCACAUCUCGUUAUAUACAGGCUGGAUAUGACACAUUAAAUUCUGCUCACCAUUUUACCAUCCCUGGAUCAUUUUCAAGCAAUGCAACAGGCAGCUUCUCAGAUUUUCGCCUCAGCAGCAAUGUCAAUGUGCCCGGUCGCUGGGCCUUCCGGACAGACUAUGGAUCAAGAGGUUGUACUUUCAAUGGUGAUCCUGUGCAGCUGGGUGAUUCCUUCUGGAGUGACAGGACCUGUGCGCAGAAGUGCACCUGUACCUCAACAGGCCUGCAGUGCCGCAACGAGCCAUGCUCCUUUUCACAGAUCUGCCAGCCAACUUCUUUCCAGUUCUCAUGCCAGACAGUGCAGAGACGCACCUGCACCAUAAGUGGUGACCCCCAUUACUACACCUUUGACAACACAGUGUUUCACUUUCAGGGCACUUGCACCUACGUUCUCUCUGAACAAUGUAAUAGUGAACUGCCCUACUACAGAGUAGAGGGCAAGAAUGAGCACAGAGGCAGCACUUGGGUCUCUUGGACACGACUGGUCAAAGUGCAUGUUUACAAUGACACAAUUGAGCUUGUGAAAGGACGUCAUGGUGAGGCUAAGGUUAAUGGAAACUUUGCAACCACUCCAUUCUCCCUCAGCAAUGGCACCGUGCAGGUUUAUGAGUCAGGUUUUUCUGUGAUUGUCAGCACUGACUUUGGCUUAGUGGUGUCUUAUGACACAUAUAGUUAUGUCCAGAUCAGCGUGCCCUACACUUACCAGAAUGGAACAUGUGGCCUUUGUGGAAACUUCAACAAUCGCCCUGAAGAUGACUUUCAAACCCGCCAGCGCGAGCUUGUGAGCUCUGACGUGGUUUUUGCUAACAGCUGGCAAGCAUCAGGGGAUGAUGAGCCUGGUUGUGAGCCACAGUGUGGAGGUCUGGCCUGUGCUGUAUGCACUGCAGAACAGAGAGCAUUAUACAGUAAUACUGCACACUGUGGUAUCCUCGAGAGCAGUUCUGGACCUUUUGCUCCUUGCCAUCAACAACUUCCUCCACAGACUUUUGCGGAGAGUUGUGUGUAUGAUCUGUGUGUAGGAGGAGGGUACCAGCCAAUUCUGUGUAGAGCCUUAAAUGUGUACGCAAGUCAGUGUCGACAAAGUGGUGUCCAGCUACCAAGCUGGAGGAGACCUGGCUUUUGUGAAAUCCCCUGCCCAGCCAACAGCCACUUUGAAUCCGAAGGCACAGGAUGUCCAUCUACCUGUGUCAAUCCCAACUCCACCAACAACUGCCCUCUCCCUCCUCAGGAAAGCUGCAUCUGCGAUUCAGGUUACGUCCUCAGUGGUGGGGUCUGCGUCCCUCAUGCUGAGUGUGGCUGCAGCUUUGAGGGCCGCUACUACCGCUCUGGACAAACUGUAAUUCUAGAUGAAGACUGUGGGAGAAGUUGCAGCUGCAGUUAUGGCUCCAUGACUUGUCGCUCUCAUGGUUGUGGCCCACUUGAAUCAUGCAGUGUGGAGGAUGGAGAAAGAGGGUGCAGACCAAAUAGCUAUGCAGCAUGUUGGAUAAGGGGUCCAGGGUCAUAUCACAUGUUUGAUGGACUGACAUAUCAGUAUCCUGGGGCAUGUCAACUGACACUUUCCAAAGUUACAGGACUUUCCAGUCACCCUCACUUCACGGUGACAGCAGAAAAAGUACCAAGAGGCCAGCAAGGCUUUUCCAAUGUGCUAAAGUUUGAAGCAGAAGGGACACAGGUCUCCAUUCAGAUAGAAAUUAAUGGCAAAGUUCAGGUUGAUGGCCAGCUGAUCAGGCUGCCUUUCAGCACAGGAUCCAAUGGAAUCCAAAUCUUCCACAGCAGCAUUUACAGUGUCAUCCUUCGCACCUCCUUUGGUGUAACUGUGCAGACUGUCUGGCCUCACUUUGUCCGUAUCACUGCUCCCGGCAUCUACAAUGGUUCACUGGGUGGACUCUGUGGUAACUACAAUGGUAAUCCACAUGAUGACUUCCGCACACCCAGUGGCGUCCUUGUCAACAGUUCUCAGGACUUUGGAGACAGCUGGCGAGAUGGCUCUCUAGCUGCUUACUGUGUGGAAAGCAUAAACCGUAAUUCUGUGGCUAAUUACAGUUCUAGUGAGUACUGUGGCAUUCUCAGCUCACCACAUGGGCCAUUUGUACCCUGUUGGUCUGUGGUUGAGCCACGGCAGCAGGUGGAUGAAUGUGUGGAGAUCAUGAGGGGUUCUAGCAAUCCAGCAGCAACUCUGUGUGAGGUCCUACGCGAUUAUGCACUUAUGUGCCAAGAGAAGGGUGUUGCCUUGGGACAAUGGAGAAAUUCAACUGGCUGUGAGCUAACCUGCCCGUCACACAGCCAUUAUGAACUCUGUGGAACCUCUUGUCCUUCUGCCUGCCCCAGCCUCUCUUUCCCCUUCACCUGUGACACUGUGUGCCAGGAAGGUUGUCAGUGUGACAAUGGCUUUGUCCUUAAUGGCGACCAAUGUGUUCCACCAACAGCCUGUGGAUGCUACCACCAAGGACGCUAUCGCCAAGCUGGUGAACAGUUCUGGGAUGGCGAACAAUGUCAGAGCUCAUGUACUUGUAAUGGCGUUACAGGGAACGUCCAGUGUAUUCCCAACUCCUGUGGCCCCGAGGAGUCCUGUCGUGUGGUGGAGGGCGAGUUUGGCUGCCAUUCCAAUCCUCGUGGCACUUGCUCUGCUUCUGGAGACCCUCACUAUCUCACCUUUGAUCGGAAGGCCUAUGACUUCCAGGGAACCUGCCGCUAUGUUCUGGCGACCCUUUGCAAUGCCACCGAUGGGCUCAAUCAGUUUUCUGUGGAAGCUAAGAAUGAGGCCUGGAGUGGGUUGCCAGUUUCAAUCACAGCUGAAGUUUUUGUGAAUGUGUGGGGCUAUCAAGUGCACAUGUCGAGAUACAACCUGGGUAGGGUAGAGGUAAAUGGAAUAACACAAAAUUUACCAAUUCUGCUGAAUGGAAGUCAAGUAUCUAUCUUUGCAAGUGGAUAUCAAACUUUUGUCAUUGCUGAUUUUGGCCUGAGCGUCAUGUACGAUGGAUCGAGUACAGUUUCUGUCUCUGUGCCUCCAAACUACAGAGGGAAAACAUGUGGACUCUGUGGAAACUUCAAUGGAAAUCCAAACGAUGACUUCAACACACCAUCUGGAAUCACAGUCACAUCUCCAAAUGAGUUUGGGCAAGCCUGGAAGGUGCCAGGCAACUACACCUGCAGCGAUGGCUGUGGCUCCUCCUGUCCACGCUGUGCCAAUGAACAGCCUGCCAGAGCUCAGUGUGAGGUGAUCCAGGCAGCUGAUGGUCCCUUCAGUUUCUGCCACGAGGUGGUGGACCCAGCACCAUAUUUCAGUGACUGUGUGUUUGACGUAUGUGUGUCGGGAAAUCAAGGCCAUGAUCUUUUGUGCAGGGCCCUUGAAUCAUAUGUCAUUGCCUGUCAGUCUGCUAAUGUUCGAAUCUACCCUUGGAGACAGAAUACCACCUGCAGACUUGACUGUCCAGCCAACAGCCAUUAUGAGCUGUGCGGUACUGACUGUCACCACACCUGCACCAGCAGCACCAAUGCUACCUGUGAGCAGGCUUGCUCUGAGGGAUGUUUUUGUGACGCAGGCUUCUCUAGGAGUGGGCCCAUAUGUGUCCCUGAGGAAAGAUGUGGCUGCCAGUAUCAUGGAUUCUACUAUAAUGCUGGUGAGUCCUUCUGGACAGAUGGUUGCUCCCAGAGAUGUGAAUGUCAUGCUCCCAAUGACCUGAGAUGCUCUGCUGUAUCUUGCACUCCUGCACAACAGUGCACCAUCAGAAAUGGCCAGCUGGGCUGUUACGAUGCCAUGUCUACCUGCACUGUGUGGGGGGACCCACACUACAUCACCUAUGAUGGAGCACUGGCUCAUUUCCAGGGAACUUGCUCCUACAUCAUCACUGAGAGCACGAGCCAUCGCACCAAUGAAACCCAGUUUCAGGUCAUAGCCACCAACAAUCACCGUGGCAACAACCGUGUGUCAUUUGUGUCUGCAGUGGACAUAUACCUCUCAAAUCAACCAGAGAGUGUGUACAUCAGGAUUGGACCCAAUAAAAGAAUAAAGGUAAAUGGGAGAGAAGUGUCUUUUCCCACCACUGCAGGAACCUUGGCUGAGGUGGUGAGGCAAGGCAGCUACAUAGCUGUCAAUGCAGGUGACUUGACAGUUCAGUUUGACGGUCAGAGUACUCUGCUGGUCAGAAUCGGCCAGAACCGUCAAAACAGAGUCACUGGUAUGUGUGGAAACUUUAAUGGCAAUUCUGCAGAUGACAAAGCCUCACCCAAUGGCACACUGGCACAAAAUGACCAUGACUUUGGACAAAGUUGGAAGUCAUCGAGAAGCCAAGCAGGAUGUGGAUCCACUGACCAAAGAAGUGGCAAUGACCUGAAUGACUGCACCUUUAGAGAAGAAUACUCCCAACUCUGCAGCGUCAUCACCAACACCAGCGGCCCAUUCAGUGCCUGCCACCUGCACUCUGACCCCCAGCCAUUUUUCACUUCCUGCGUCUAUGACCUCUGCCUCUACACUCCAGCCAAUGGCAUGCUGUGUUCUGCUGUCUCAGCCUAUGAGAGAACCUGCUCAGUUCUGGAGCUGGACAUCCCUGAGUGGCGCUCUGCUUUGCAUUGUGAUGGGUCUGACCCCUGUGAACAGCUGAACUGCACAGAGUAUGAGUGGUGCGGUAAGAAGGAUGGUAUCUAUGGCUGUUUCUGUGAUGAGCACCACGAUCGGCGCAACAAUGAUAGCUAUGACUCGACCAUCACUUGUGCCAGUAGCUCAGGCACCAUGUCUGUGUCCCGCUGUCAGCUAUUUGAGGCUGGCUUCCCCUCUGAUGUCCUCCACCUCAGAGAUGAAUCCUGCAACGGGACUCUUCGGGAUGGACAACUGGUGUUCCACUUUGACAAUGACAACCAUCUGUGUGGGACAGCUCUCAGGAGCAACGGAACACAUUUCAUGUAUGAGAACACCAUCCAGGGUAAUGUGGAUCCUAAUGAAGGUCUAAUUAGCCGCCAGAGAAGCAUCAAUCUUCGUUUCUGCUGUGAAUACCCUCUGAAUCAGGCCCUAUCUAUGGCUGUGGGCAUCAACCCUGUAGAAAGCAUUGUGAGGAAGAAGAUCGCAACUGGCAAUGGACAGUACCGUAUGAGAAUGAUCCCCUUCCAGGACUCUGGCUUCCAGUUCCCCCUCAGCAGCGACAGAAACAUAGAAAUGGAAAUCGAUCAGAGGUUAUAUGUGGAGGUGCGAGCAGAAGAAGUUGAUCAACGCCAGAUCUCCACCGUGUUGGACUCCUGCUGGGCCACACCAGUCAACCUGGCAAACUACCCCGUCCGCUGGAAUCUCAUUGUUGCAGAGUGUCCCAAUCAAGCCGAUGGUACAGUAGAGCUGAUUCAGAAUGGCGUCUCCAAUGCGGCUCGAUUUUCCUUCCGGAUGUUUACUUUUACCAACUAUUCAUCCAUUUACAUCCACUGCAACGUCCACCUGUGUCUGCUGAGACACAACAAUUGCACAGCGCGCUGUUACCCCGGUUACAACAGGCGAGUUCGGAGGGAUGCGGUUUUCCAUGACACUGCAUCCAUCUCACUUGGACCACUUCUUUCAAAUAAAGGCAGCAGAGACCCAGUGAUGCAAUCAAGCAGUGGUUUAGGCCAGCUGACACCCCUGGUAGCCCUGCUCGCCAGUGUGCUGCUAGCCAGCUUGCUGGUAGCCCUGCUGGUCAAGCGAUUCGCUGCCAAAGCUCCAAUCGGUGUAGUGACUGCUCAGGUUGUCAGACGAUAUACAACAUCAUAUUUGUGUUCAUUUCUUCAUGAUCUACCUAAUUGCUUCUUAGGACCUCUUUACCCAAUAUCUGGAACUGCAAGUUCUCUGUCAGAUGAUGGAAGUUCUCCACAGAUUGCCCUGCUAAGACCGUUUCUCUAUUUUGGACGGACAUAUAACAACAUUUAUGUCAACCACAAUGGACACUUAACAUUUAACAGUCCACUGAGUCAAACUUCAAGUCAGAGGUUCCCACAGCGUACCAGAGAUGUCAUUGCUCCAUUCUGGACAGAUCUAGACAACAGAAGGAAUGGUCAGAUCUACUACAACCAAUACACGAGUGGCAGUGUUCUGCAGCAAGCUACACAGGACAUUAAUCAAUACUUCCCAGGACUGAAUUUUAAUGCCAACUGGGUCUUUGUUGCAACAUGGUAUGAAGUUGCCUAUUAUCCAACAACUGGAACGCGCACUACUGUCCAAGCUGUGUUGAUCUCUGGUGGUCAGUACACAUUUGUGCUAAUGAACUACGGAAUAAUAGCCUCAACAACGAGAGAUGUGCAGGCUGGCUAUGAUACAAUAGACUCCGCUCACUAUGUUGUCAUCCCUGGAUCAUUCACUAGUUCUGCAACAGGUAGCAACUCAAAUUUUCGCCUUGGCAGCAACGUCAAUGAACCUGGUCGUUGGGCUUUCCGGCUAGACAAUGGAUCAAGAGGCUGUACUUUUAAUGGUGAUCCUGUGCAGCUGGGUGAUUCCUUCUGGAGUGACAGGACCUGUGCACAGAAGUGCACCUGUACCUCAGCAGGCCUGCAGUGCCGCAACGAGCCAUGCUCCUUUUCACAAAUCUGCCAGCCAGCUUCCUUCCAGUUCUCAUGCCAGACAGUGCCAAGAGGAACCUGCACCAUAAGUGGUGACCCCCAUUACUACACCUUUGACAACACAGUGUUUCACUUUCAGGGCACUUGCACCUACGUUCUCUCUGAACAAUGUAAUAGUGAACUGCCCUACUACAGAGUAGAGGGCAAGAAUGAGCACAGAGGCAGCACUCGGGUCGCUUGGACACGACUGGUCAAAGUGCAUGUUUACAAUGACACAAUUGAGCUUGUAAAAGGACGUCGUGGUGAGGCUAAGGUUAAUGGAAACUUUGCAACCACUCCAUUCUCCCUCAGCAACGGAACCGUGCAGGUUUAUGAGUCAGGUUUUUCUGUGAUUGUCAGCACUGACUUUGGCUUAGUGGUGUCUUAUGACACAAGUCAUUACGUCCAGAUCAGCGUGCCCUACACUUACCAGAAUGCAACAUGUGGCCUUUGUGGAAACUUCAACAAUCACCCUCAAGAUGACUUUCAAACCCGCCAGGGGGAGCUUGUGAGCUCUGACGUGGUUUUUGCUAACAGCUGGCAAGCAUUGGGGGAUGAUGAGCCUGGUUGUGAGCCACAGUGUGGAGGUCUGGGCUGUGCUGUAUGCACUGCAGAACAGACAGCAUUAUACAGUAAUACUGCACACUGUGGUAUCCUCGAGAGCAGUUCUGGACCUUUUGCUCCUUGCCAUCAACAACUUCCUCCACAGACCUUUGUGGAGAGUUGUGUGUAUGAUCUGUGUGUAGGAGGAGGGUACCAGCCCAUUCUGUGUCAAGCCUUAAAUGUGUACGCAAGUCAGUGUCAACAAAGUGGUGUCCAGCUACCAAGCUGGAGGAGACCUGGCUUUUGUGAAAUCCCCUGCCCAGCCAACAGCCACUUUGAAUCCGAAGGCACAGGAUGUCCAUCUACCUGUGUCAAUCCCAACUCCACCAACAACUGCCCUCUCCCUCCUCAGGAAAGCUGCAUCUGCGAUUCAGGUUACGUCCUCAGUGGUGGGGUCUGCGUCCCUCACGCUGAGUGUGGCUGCAGCUUUGAGGGCCGCUACUACCGCUCUGGACAAACUGUAAUUCUAGAUGAAGACUGUGGGAGAAGUUGCAGCUGCAGUUAUGGCUCCAUGACUUGCCGCUCUCAUGGUUGUGGCCCACUUGAAUCAUGCAGUGUGCAGGAUGGAGAAAGAGGGUGCAGACCAAAUAGCUAUGCAGCAUGUUGGAUAAGGGGUCCAGGGUCAUAUCAUAUGUUUGAUGGACUGACAUAUCAGUAUCCUGGGGCAUGUCAACUGACACUUUCCAAAGUUAUGGGACUUUCCAGUCACCCUCACUUCAUGGUGACAGCAGAAAAAGUACCAAGAGGCCAGCAAGGUUUUGCACGAAUUAUAAAUUUUGAAGCAGAAGGGAUACACGUAUCGAUUGAGAUGGCACGGAACAGUAAAGUUCAGGUUGAUGGCCAGCUGAUCAGGCUGCCUUUCAGCACAGGAUCCAAUGGAAUCCAAAUCUUCCACAGCAGCAUUUACAGUGUCAUCCUUCGCACCUCCUUUGGUGUAACUGUGCAGACUGUCUGGCCUCACUUUGUCCGUAUCACUGCUCCCGGCAUCUACAAUGGUUCACUGGGUGGACUCUGUGGUAACUACAAUGGUAAUCCACACGAUGACUUCCGCACACCCAAUGGUGUCCUGGUCAACAGUUCUCAGGACUUUGGAGACAGCUGGCGAGAUGGCUCUCUAGCUGCUUACUGCGUGGAAAGCAUGAACAAUAAUUCUGUGGCUAAUUACAGUUCUAGUGAGUACUGUGGCAUUCUCAGCUCACCACAUGGGCCAUUUGUACCCUGUUGGUCUGUGGUUGAGCCACGACAGCAGGUGGAUGUAUGUGUGGAGAUCAUGAGGGGUUCUAGCAAUCCAGCAGCAACUCUGUGUGAGGUCCUACGCGAUUAUGCACUUAUGUGUCAACAGAAGGGUGUUGCCUUGGGACAAUGGAGAAAUUCAACUGGCUGUGAGCUAAUCUGCCCGUCACACAGCCAUUAUGAACUCUGUGGAACCUCUUGUCCUUCUGCCUGCCCCAGCCUCUCUUUCCCCUUCACCUGUGACACUGUGUGCCAGGAAGGUUGUCAGUGUGACAAUGGCUUUAUCCUUAAUGGCGACCAGUGUGUUCCACCAACAUCCUGUGGAUGCUAUUACCAAGGACGUUAUCACCAAGCUGGUGAACAGUUCUGGGAUGGCGAACAAUGUCUGAGCUUGUGUACCUGUAAUGGCGUUACAGGGAACGUUCACUGUAUUCCCAACUCCUGUGGCCCCCAGGAGUCCUGUCGUGUGGUGGAGGGCGAGUUUGGCUGCCAUCCCAAUCCUCAUGGCACCUGUUCUGCCUCUGGAGACCCUCACUACAUCACCUUUGAUCGUAAGGCCUAUGACUUCCAAGGAACUUGUCGCUAUGUUCUGGCGACCCUUUGCAAUGCCACCGAUGGGCUCAAUCACUUUUCUGUGGAAGCUAAGAAUGAACCAUUGAAUGGGUUGACACUGUCAAUAGUAGCUGAAGUUUUUGUGAAUGUGUGGGGCUAUCAAGUGCACAUGUCGAGGGACAGAAGAGGUUUGGUACAAGUGAAUGGAGAAAUUAGAAAUUUACCUGUUCUAUUGAAUGAAGGUAAUGUGUCUAUCUACGCCACUGGAUCUCGUAUACUUGUCAGCACUAAUUUCGGCUUGAGUGUCAACUAUAAUGGAUUUAGUACAGUGUUUAUCUCCAUACCUCCAAAUUACAGAGAGAAAACAUGUGGACUCUGUGGGAAUUUCAAUGGAAAUCCAAAUGAUGAUUUUCACACUCCAUCCGGCAUGAUAGUCACUACUCCUGAUGCGUUUGGGACAGCCUGGAAGGUGCCAGGCAACUACACCUGCAGUGAUGGCUGUGGCUCCUCCUGUCCACAAUGUACCAAUGAACAGCCUGCCAGAGCUCAGUGUGAGGUGAUCCAGGCAGCUGAUGGCCCCUUCAGUUUCUGCCACGCGGUGGUGGACCCAGCACCAUAUUUCAAUGAUUGCGUGUUUGAUGUAUGUUUGUCAGGAAAUCAAGGGCACGAUUUCUUGUGCAGGGCCAUUGAGUCAUAUGUUAGUGCCUGCCAGUCUGCUAAUGUUCAAAUCUACCCUUGGAGAGAGAACAGCACCUGCACACUUGACUGUCCAGCCAACAGCCAUUAUGAGCUGUGUGGCAUUGACUGUGGCCACACCUGUGCCAGUAGCAUUGAUGAAACCUGUGAGCAGUUCUGCUCUGAGGGAUGUUUUUGUAACGAAGGCUUCGUCAAGAGCGGGACCAGGUGUGUCCCAGUGGAAAGCUGUGGCUGCCAACAUGAUGGAUUCUACUAUAAUGCCGGUGAGUCCUUCUGGACAGACGGUUGCUCCCAGAGAUGUGAAUGUCAUGCUCCCAAUGACCUGAGAUGUUCUGCUGCAUCUUGCACUCCUGGACAACAGUGCACCAUCAGAAAUGGCCAGCUGGGCUGUUACGAUGCCUUGUCUACCUGCACUGUGUGGGGGGACCCACACUACAUCACCUUUGAUGGAGCAGUGGCUCAUUUCCAGGGAACUUGUUCCUACAUCAUCGCUGAGAGCACGAGCCAUCGCACCAAUGAAACCCAGUUUCAGGUCAUAGCCACCAACAAUCACCGUGGCAACAAUCGUGUGUCAUUUGUGUCUGCAGUAGAUGUAUACCUCUCAAAUGAACCAGAGAGCGUGUAUAUCAGGAUUGGAUCAAACAGAAGAGUAAAGGUAAAUGGAAAUGAUGUGUCUCUUCCCACCACUGUGGGAACUUUAACUGAGGUGGCAAGGCAGGGAAGCUACAUAGUGGUUGAUGCCUCUGACUUGCUAGUCCAGUUUGAUGGUCAGAGCACUUUACUGGUCAGACUGGGCCAAAAUCGUCAAAACAGAGUCACUGGGAUGUGUGGGAACUUUAACAAUGAUCCUUCAGAUGACAAAGUCCUACCCAAUGGCACACUGGCACAAAAUGAUAAUUAUUUUGGACACAGCUGGAAGUCACCUACCAGCCAACCAGGAUGUGGAUCCACUGAUGAAGAUGGCGAUGGACUUAAUGACUGCACCUUUAGAGAAGAAUACUCCCAACUCUGCAGCGUCAUCACCAACACCAGCGGCCCAUUCAGUGCCUGUCACCUGCACUCUGACCCCCAGCCAUUUUUCACUUCCUGUGUCUAUGACCUCUGCCUCUACACUCCUGCCAAUGGCAUGCUGUGUUCUGCUGUUUCGGCCUAUGAGAAAACCUGCUCAGUUCUGGGGCUAGACAUCCCUGAGUGGCGCUCUGCUUUGCAUUGUGAUGAGUCAGACCCCUGUGAACAGCUGAGCUGCACAGAGUACGAGUGGUGUGGUGAGAAGGACGGAGUUUACGGCUGCUUCUGUGAUGAACACCACCAUCGGCCAAGCAAUGAGAGCUAUGACUCAUCCAUUACUUGCGUCAGUAGUUCCGGCACCAUGUCCCUGUCCCGCUGUCAGCUGUUUGAAGCUGGCUUCCACUCCAGUUCCCUCCAUCUUCGAGACGAAUCCUGCAAAGGGACUCUUGAGAAUGGCCGACUGGUCUUCCGCUUUAACAAUGAUGACCAGCUGUGUGGGACAACGCUGAGGAGCAACGGGACCCAUUUCAGUUAUGAGAACACCAUCAGUGGGGACGUGGACCCUCAUGAUGGCCUCAUUAGUCGGGAGAAGAGCAUCCACCUACACUUCUCAUGUGACUAUCCUCUGGCUCAGGCCCUGUCUAUGGAUGUGGGCAUCAACCCUGUAGAGAGCAUCGUGAACAAGAGGCUUCCACCUGGCCUAGGCCGUUAUCAUUUGAGGAUGAUACCCUACGAAGACCCUGGCUUCCACUUCCCUUUGACCAGAAAUAGAAACCUAGAGAUGGAAAUAGAUGAGAGGUUAUUCAUUGAGGUGCAGACACAAGGAGUUGAUGAGCAACAGAUCUCCACUAUUCUGGACUCUUGCUGGGCAACGCCUAUUAAUAAUGCCAGCUGCCCAGUCCGCUGGGAUCUCAUCACUACAGAGUGUCCUAAUCCAGCAGAUGGCACAGUAGAGCUGGUUCAGAAUGGCGUCUCCACUGUAGCCCGUUUCUCCUUCAGGAUGUUCACCUUCACCAACUUUUCAUCCAUCUACCUGCACUGCCAGGUCCAUCUGUGUGUUUUGAGACAGAACAACUGCACAGCUCAUUGCUACCCAGGUUACCACACAAGAGUGGCGAGGGAUAUUCCCUAUCAUGACCGGGAAGCCAUCUCACUGGGACCACUAGUCUUGAACACAGAAAGAAGAAUGAAAACAAACAGUUCUCCAUGCCUCUUGACAUCUCUGGUGAUCCUGAUAGUCUGUUUGCUGACUGCAAAUAUUCUAGUCUAGUGAAAUCAUGCAAAUGCAAUCAUACAGUAAACAGAUUACACAGCUGUGCAUCAGUCUGUCAGCGCUUAUAUAACUUAGUUAUAUAAUAACUGAUGUAAUAACUAAAUUUAAAAAGCCUUUGGUGAUAUAUACAGGGGCACAGUAAUGGUACAAGUCUGAAAAGUGUAUGUUACUGAAUAUUUGGACAUACAUCUGCAGAAAUGCUUCUCAUUUGCUCGGAGUUUGUAAUGGCUGCAGGUUUUUUCUGUAACUCUGGAGGGCAGCAUCUGAUCAAAAACAUAUAUGCAUGCUUCUGUUUUCUGCUUUUCACCUUUUUGUAUUCAGUUCAUGAGUCUUACCUUGAGAUGUUUUAAUAUUGUUACAUCAUGAUUUAGU